AUGGAAACCGAAUUUGGUCUAACCGAAUAUGCCAGUGGACAUGAAAUCACUCCGAUCCCAUGUUUACUCAAGGAAAUGUACACGGACUUCAUCGUCCAAGAAAUUUUAGAUGAUGGCAAGGUCCUAUCAAUCCCAUCUCCUGAUGUCAUACUGGAAAGCACCGGAUCGAAGGAUGUGCAAAUUGAAGAGAGUGUUGAAAAACCAAGCUGCAUCUCUGAUGAAACUCUCGCGGCUAUUGAAGAACGGUUUUCUACAAAAGGAACGCCGGUUCUAGUGAAAGUCGACACUCUGACCAAAGAGGAACGAAAGAGUAUUCACCAUUUCGUGAGAGAACGAUUCUCAGGGAAAUUGAUUACGGAAACAAAAGACGACGGUAUCUAUGUGUCUCAUGGACAUACCCAAAGCACUAGGAAACGUAAGAAUUGGGAUGAGAACAUCCCAAAAGAGUGCCAUUUCACUAUGUGCAAAGAGAACAAGGAAACAAGUUAUGCGUGUCAGCUGAUCGCGAAGUUUUUGAAUAUUGGACCAAACAACAUCAAGACUCACGGAAUCAAAGAUAAAAGAGGAGUUACUGCUCAGAGAGUCAGCGUUACUAAAGUUCUCGAAAGCAAGAUUCUCGAUUUGAACUCAAGACUACGUGGAAUCAAAGUAUUUGGAUGCGAAUACAAAAAUGAGCCAGUGAAGAUGGGAGGUCAUUGGGGAAACCGUUUUAGUAUCGUACUGAGAGACCUACCAAAUGAUUCUGAGCCUACGUUGCAUGAGAGGUUGGAAACAUUCCAAAAUACUGGAUUUUUGAACUAUUUUGGAACUCAGCGAUUUGGCUCACGAUGCUCUACCACAGCUGAAAUCGGAUUGGCAAUCGCUAAGAGAGACUGGGAAGGAGCUGUGAGGAUGAUCUUGUCAAAUGCCAUGCCAGAUCAUUUGGAAAACGGUCAAGUUGGAUGGGCUGUCAAAUGCUUCACGGAAACUGGCGAUGCUAGAAAGGCAUUCUCCAAACUCAAAGGAGCUCAAGCGUUUGCGACCGUUGAAGGACAGAUCCUGAAGUGUCUGACACGUGGCGGCACAUGGCAAAAAUGCAUCACCGAAGCUAUUCCCAUUCAGAGUCGCAGUCUCUACGUUCAUGCGUAUCAAAGCCUUCUUUGGAACAAAGUUGCUUCUCGACGAGUGAAGGAGUAUGGAACUCGUGUUCAUGAAAGUGAUGUCGGAGCAGAUGGAAAACCACUUGGCGAACAUUCCACUCACUAUGACAUCCACAUCGCCCUACCGGGAGAAAAUUCAGCAUUUGAGAAUAGCUACGGCGCUAAGUGGAUCAGCGAACUACUCAAGGAAGACGGAUUAACUCCAGCUAGUUUUACGUCCUUGCGAGAUAAAUUCUCUCUCGGGGAGUCAUCUCGUCCAUUGUUUGUCGAAGCUAAGGAGCUCAAAUGGAAGUUUAUCCACUAUGAGCAACCAAGAGCCUUUCUCCAAGAUGGUCUACAGACGCGUGCUAUUCCAGAAUCGGAACAAAAAGGACCCCUACUAGCUUUGCAAAUUCAAUUCAGCUUGAGCUCUGGAUCAUACGCUACAGUUGCUCUCCGUGAAGUGACUGGAUACGACAUGGGCAAGAAAUCUAUGCGCGACGCUUCACUUAAAUCGCAAAAAGGUGCGGAGCAAAACGAAGAGCAAGAAGAUAAGGAUGAUAAUGAACUGACGGAGGCCAACCCCGAAGUAGUGGAAGUAGUGGAAGUUACAGAAGUUGCUGCCGUCGAAGAAGCAAACUAA